AUGCAAGAGCCUCGAAAAGAUGUAUCAUUAAGACUUCCCACGGGGACGAUACACGUCAUCCUCGCCGCUCUAGGAAGAACCAGGUCAUUUCCUUCCAGGGUGCUGUCUGUGGCUCGACUCUCCGCCGAGGAUAGGGAAAGAGAAUCUAAAAGGUCUAAAAAGGGAAGCUCUUUAAUAUUGGGAUUCUUAGACGAGGAUAAAAGGGGAACUAUCGAACCUCAUGACGAUGUCUUAGUGGUUACGCUGAGAAUCGGGGGUUUCGAUGUGAGGAGGGUAUUGGUAGACCCGGGCAGCGCAGUAGAGGUAAUGUACCCUGAUCUAUACAAGGGGCUGAACUUAAGACCGGAGGAUUUAACGGCUUAUGACUCUCCCCUUAUCAGCUUCGAAGGGAAGACUGUUGUACCAAAAGGGCAGAUCAGAUUACCCAUACAGACCGGGUCAGAGGUGAUAGAGGUGGACUUUAUCGUGGUCGAUGCUUACUCGCCCUACGCAGCGAUAGUAGCCAGUCCAUGGAUCCAUGCCCUAGUGGUCAUAUCUUCUACGCUUCAUCAAAAGGGCUAUCAUCAGAUACCACUGGCACUAGAGGAUCAGGAGAAAACGGCGUUCAUGACACCCAUCGGAAACUACCACUAUAAGGUGAUGCCUUUCGGACUAAUGAACGCAGGGUCAACCUACCAAAGGAUGAUGACCAAAAUGUUCGAACUUCAGCUAGGCAAGGUUAUUGAAGUCUACAUAGACGAUAUGGUGGUAAAAAGCAAGGUAGUAUCCGAGCACAUGAAAAACCUGGAGAUCAUCUUUGGCAUCUUAAGGGAACAUAAGUUGCGGCUCAAUGCUUCCAAGUGUUCAUUUAGGGUCGGAUCUGGGAAAUUCCUAGGCUAUAUGGUAACUCACAGAGGAAUAGAGGUAAGCCCAGAUCAAAUCAAGGCGAUUAAUAGCCUACAGACUCCUCGGAAUCCGAAAGAAGUGCAGAAACUCACUGGCAUGAUCGCAGCGUUGAACCGGUUCAUAUCACGAUCUGCAGACCGAUGCCGACCUUUCUACCUCUUAAUAAAUAAGUGGAAAGGGUUUGAGUGGUCGGAGGAUUGUGUCCUGGCCUUCCAGCAACUCAAAGAAUACUUGUCGCGACCACCCAUCAUGUCUAGCCCUGAGGCGGACGAGGUACUGUUUGCAUACAUAGCAGUAGCCCCUCAUGCUGUAAGUUUGGUACUAAUACGGGAUGACAAUGGAAUACAGCGACCAGUGUACUAUGUAAGUAAAUCAUUACAUGAGACUGAAGUGCGCUACUUACCAUUGGAGAAAGCAAUUCUGGUGGUGGUGCAUGCUACGCGAAAACUCCCUCAUUACUUUCAGGCACACAUGAUCAUUGUUCUAACCCAGCUUCCCCUUCGAUCGGUGCUACGAAGCGCCGAUUACACGGGAAGAAUCGCCAUGUGGAGCGCGCUCUUGAGUGCUUUUGACAUUAAAUACAUGCCUAGGUCCUCUGUAAAGGGUCAAGUCCUCGCGGAUCUAGUCGUAGAAUUCGCUGAGCCUUCUGUGGAAACAAUAACACCAAAGGAAAACAUGGAUGGAAAAUCGAUUGGGGUUCUCAGCUACGAACAACGAAGCCGAGUACGAGGCCUUGCUUCAAGGAAUGAUGAUGGUUCAAAAAUUGGGCGGAAAGGCAAUGGAAGCGUUCUCGGACUCCAAAUUGGUCGUUGGCCAAGUGAUGGAAGUGGGAACGCACAUGCGGAUUCGCUGGCCACUCUUGCCAUGUCCUCUGCACAUGAUCUGCCACGAAUGAUCCUUGUUGAGGAUUUAUGCCAGACAAGUUCAACCGGAAGAGACACAACCCGGAUCCAUCAGAUUAGAAAGAGUCCCAGCUGGAUGGAUCCUAUAAUGAACUUCCUCAAAGACGAUAUGUUACCAGAAGGAAAACUAGAGGCCGAGAAGAUACGGAGGAAUGCUCCUCGGUUCUGGUUGUCAGAAGACCACAAGCUAUACCGGCGUUCCUAUUCUGGCCCAUACCUAUUAUGUAUACACCCAGAGGAAUCCGAGUCCUUGCUCGAAGAACUACAUGAGGGGAUUUGUGGAAGUCACACAGGAGGAAGAUCACUGGCGUAUAGGGCACUCACCCAAGGGUAUUGGUAG